UUUAAAAUAGCAACCAACCUUUGAAAAACAUGUCGACAAGUUAAUUUGCAUUCUCAAUUUUAAUUCAAAUCACAUUUUGCCGUUUUCAAGAAGGUUUUAUAUUAAACACUGAAGCUUUCCAAGUCAAAAUGUCAACUUUCAAGCAGAAAGUGAAACGUUACCAAGUCAAUGUGGACGGAUUUGUAGCAAAACCCAAAAGCAUUUCAGCAGUUUCUGUAAACGAGAUAGCCAAAGUCUUUAUAGGUCAAUCCUUGAGUGAGCCAUUGAUACUUGAAACCCGUCGAAUGGUUAGAGAUUGGUGUCGUGGUCUCCUUAGCAAAUCGUUUGAAUAUGCACGGAUGACGCGAGCGCCUAAGUUUGAGAUCAGUCACUUAUACAAAGGGAAUUUGAAUUUAUUAACAAACGUGUUAAGAAUCCAUACGAGAAAAGCCAAAAAGAAAGUUAAGAAAUCGAAAUCGAAAAGGGGUGCCAAGAUUUUGAAGAAUAUAACAAUGGCGCCGAAAUACCAAAAAAAGAAACACAAAUCUGUGAAGAAGCCCACCAAGCUGAAGACUCUGGAACCGGAAAGUGAGACAACAGUCUUACCAAAAUCCAAUGCAGUUGUCCCGAAUCGACCUUUUCGAUUCAUUAAGGAGGAGAAAGUCCGUUUAAAGCCGCGCAAACGUAUUCUAUCCCGUGAACAACUUGGUUUGUACAAACUAAUCACUGCGGCGUCUUUGGGAAAAUCGGAAAAUAAACGUCGUCGAGCCCUACAGACAUUGACCAAUGAUCCGGCUCUCAAUGAUCUGCUACCGGCACUUUGCCUUUUUAUCUCCAAUGCUGUAAAUGUAAAUGUCGUAAAGCUGAAUAUGUCAAAGCUGCUGUAUCUAAUGCGUAUGGUGAGGGCAUUGGUGGCCAACUCGAGCUUGUGCCUCCAAAGAUGCCUUCAUCAGUUGAUACCAGCCGUGUUGACAUGCCUCUUAACUCGCCAAGACGACCCGUUUCCUGCGGAUCACUGGGCACUCCGUGAAUAUUCGGGAAACAUUAUAGCCGAAAUUGUCUGGCAUUUUGAUAAUCCAAGUAAUGGUAUUUUGCCAAGGGUCAUCGGAAUCUAUAAUCAAGCCUUGCAAAAGCUCCCAUUGACCACAGUUUAUGGUGCGGUUAUUGGCUUGGGAAAAUUAGGCAACUAUGUAGUCCGGGCCUAUCUAGUGCCGCAGAUAGCCUUCAUUUCGAGUCGCAUAGAACCGCAUUUGAAAGACAGAACGAGAUUUAUGAAGUCUAAAGAGUAUUUGAAUAUAAAUAGGCAAGCCUCCCGAUAUAUACGACAUCGCAUUCUUAAGGUCUGUACUCCAGUUUUAAUGAAAAUGCAUAGCCCUCCUCAUAUGUUAGAGAAAUUUGCCAAGAGUUAUGGUUUCCUCGGCUUCUCGCUCUGUGCUGCUGUGACAGUAAGUCGAAUUAAAGCGGCGGCCAUAAGCGAUGCAAAGAAGGAAGCAGCUGCUGCCCGUCUUACAGCUGUCAAAAGAAGGAGAAGAAAGCCCGUUCCCAAACGCAAUAAGAGUAAAAUACCUCCAAAGAAAACCAUUCAAAAAGGACCAAUUAAAAAACCUUUUAAUGGCCGUGGUCCAACAUUGGGCAAGGGAAUUGCCCGCCAAACAGUAGGUGCUCCGCCACAGAAAUUGCGGGAGCAAAAGCCACAGAAAUUACAAAAGCAGAAGCCUAAGAAGUUACAAGGGAAGAGGCCACAGAAAUUGCAAGAGCAGAAGCCACUGAAAUUGCAGGAGCAGAAGCCACUGAAAUUUCAGGAGCAGAAGCCAGAGAAAUUGCAGGAACAGAAGCCACAGAAAUUGCAGGAGCAGAAGCCACAGGAUUUGGAGGAGGAGGAGCCUAGACUACCUUUACAGAUUAUGCGCGUGAACAACAGACUAAUCAGUGCUCCGGCACAAUUAUCAAAUUUAAAAAGCAUUUCUGUGUCCAAUCAAAAUUCUGGCAAUCCCGCUUUUCAACCCCUUAAGAUUUACCCUUUGUCUAUGCUGAAACCUGGUUGCUUUUCUAUAUUAAGAAAAAACCCCUAAAACAAUUGUUAAGUAAAUAAUAACUACAAAUUUAAUAAAGUUUUCAAAUGUUUUUUAGGUCGGCAAACAAAAA